GGUUUUCCUAUCCUUUUAAUUUCAUUCACACUGUCUCUCUCUCACUCGCACCCUCCUACUCCUUCCAAAACCAAGCUUUCUUCAAAUGCACCAUCUUUGCCAACCCCCUCCUUGCCUUUCUCUCCCUCAGCCCCUAACGCCCCCGCGACCGCUUCAAUGUCGCCGCCCUCUGUCGUGCCGCAAUAGUCUAGUUCGACAAUGGCCUGUGUCUCCUCGACAAUGAGCGUCUAUAGAGGUACAUAACAAAGAGUGUCUCAGAACCGAAAAGGAGUAUUGUUGUUCCAUUCUUGUUAAUGGAGAUUUUGCGAACAUCAAAAUUGAGAACUGCGUACGCUUGCAACACCUGUUUCAAAUUCAAAGAAUGAUUUACAUGAAAGAGAUGAAGGAGAGCUUGAGCGGACAGGACAACCACUAUGCAUUUAUGAACCUUAUUUUGGGGAAGGAUCCUGGUCUUUUCUACAUCAAAAAUCUCUUUAUCGAGGAAUUGGCCUGCCCAGUAAAGGUAAAAGACUAGGGAGAGAUAAUGUUGAUGCUCUUUCUUGUCUUCCACUGCUUAAUAAUGGCUACUAUCGAGAUUUACUUGGUGAAGAUGGAGCCUUUUUGCAAUUGCAAAUAGGAUUGACCGUUUACACAAAAAUGCUUGGAUUGGAUUUGUCUUGGAGAGCAACAACAAAGAAGGUCUUGCACGUGGCCUUCAUGAAGGUGCAAAAGGGAUUGAGAAGCAUGAUGUGCAACUGCGUUCUAGCAGAAGAUUGUGACCAACCUGACUAAGUUAUACUGGCUAAGGCCCUUUGUGCAAAGCACAAUGUUAGCCUACUGAUAGUUCCGGGUGCAAAGACCCUUGGAGAAUGGGCUAGUUUGUGCAAGAUUGAUUCGGAAGGAAAAGCUAGGAAGGUUAUUGGUUGCUCCUGCAGUUGUGCAACAUUGACAACAAGCUUGCAUAAGUUGAGGCUCGGGUUCUUCUUGCUCCAAUUGUUGAAAUAUCAUGAGGCUGGAAGGAAGAAAGAAUACUUGCCACAAGUUGGUCAAUGGAACGUGAUGAACAAGUAUCCUCCUUUUUAUAAGGACAUGAGUUUCUGGAUCAGUGAAUCAUUCAUCGAAAACAAUCUUUGUGGCCAUCUUUGACACAUAGUUUGGACUACUAGUUUCCUUACAUUUCUGUGUUGAGCAAGUGUAAAUCUUACGAGAAGGCCAAGAAGAAAAUGACAGUUUUAGAGGCACCUAAUGUUCUUACUAUUGCAUUAAAGAGAUUUCAGUCUGGAAAAUUUGGGAAGCUCAAUAAACCUAUACGGUUUCCUGAAAUACUGGACUUGGCAUCUUUCAUGAGUGGGACUAGUGAUUUGCCUAUAUACAGGCUACAUGGGGUAGUUGUUCACCUGGAUAUCAUGAGUGCUUCUUUUUUGGGUCAUUAUGUGUGCUAUGUGAAGAAUUUCCAAAGCAGUUGGUUCAAGGUUGAUGACAGUGUGGCGAUAUCAUUCCCAGAUUUUUUCUUGGUUGAUAUCUUAACUUCCAUGGCUAAGGUUGCCACAAUUGCUUUGUUGGAAGCUGACUAUAUUUGUGGCAGCCACUCUGUUGCAAUCCCUUUGGUUCUUGUUUUGCCUAAUCUUUACGGCUUCAACCAAUGUGUCUCCGGUAGUACAAAGACAUUGGAGAGAAAACUACUCUUCUGAACGGUAAGAACUUUGCCAGUCUUGAUCUAAGUAAUGCACUUUUUUGUUUGUUUUAGAAUUUAUAUUAGUCAUUGAUUCA